AUGUCGAAGAUCGAGAGAGAGUGGGCGCCGCCCGGCGACGGGACGGGCACGCCGGGGGUGGUCCUGUACAACUCCCUCGUGGACGCCAAGGUCCCCUUCGUGCCUUCGAAAGGGCCCGAUGCGAGGGAGAUUUCGUGGUACACGUGCGGUCCUACCGUGUACGAUAGCGCGCACAUGGGUCACGCGCGGAACUACGUCACAGGCGACAUCCUCCGGCGCGUCCUGGAGGACUACUUCGGCUACGAGUGCUUCCUGGUGAUGAACGUGACUGACGUGGACGACAAGAUCAUCAAGCGGGCGCGCACGAACCAUCUCAUGACAGCAUACAAGGAAAAGCACGGCGCCGACGGCCAGCGCGUCCUCGCGGACUGCAAGGCCGCCGUCGACGCCGCCCUCACGAGCCAGGAGGCCGCGGAACGCGAGGCCACGCGCGCGGCGGAGGAGUGCGCAGCCGACAGUGCCGCGGGCCGCCCGGGCGCAGACAGGCGCCUCGAGGGCCUCCGCAACAACGCCGACGAGCAGCGCCUGAAGCUCGAGCAGCUCCAGCGCGCCAAGGCCGAGCUCGACGCGCUGUCGCCGGCCGCGCCGGACGUCGCCCAGGACGCGCUACGGUGCGGCGGGGACUCCCUGGCAGCGCGGCUGGACAAGGAGCACGGGCACUCGGUGACGGACCCGGGCAUCUUCCGGCAGCACGCCGCGCGGUACGAGGACGAGUUCCUGCAGGACAUGGACCGGCUGGGCGUACGCCGGCCGGACUGCAUGCCGCGGGUGUCGGAGUACGUGCCCGAGAUCGUGGCGUACAUCCAGAAGAUCGUCGACGAGGGCAUGGCGUACGAGGCGAACGGGUCGGUCUACUUCUCCACCGCCGCGUUCCGCGAGCGCGGCCACACGUACGGCAAGCUCGACCCGUGGGCGGUGGGCAGCAGCCUGCUGUCGGCCGAGGGGGAGGCGGACUUCGCGACGGGCGAGAAGCGGCGCCCGACGGACUUCGCGCUCUGGAAGGCCGCGCGCCCGGGCGAGCCCACGUGGCCGUCCCCGUGGGGCCCCGGGCGGCCCGGGUGGCACAUUGAGUGCUCGGCGAUGGCGUCGGAGCUCAUCGGGCAGACGCUGGACGUGCACUCCGGCGGCAGCGACCUGCGGUUCCCGCACCACGACAACGAGCUCGCGCAGAGCGAGGCGCACUUCUCGUCGUGCGGGUGCCGGCAGUGGGUGAACUACUUUCUGCACUCGGGGCGCCUCAACAUCGACGGCCUGAAGAUGUCCAAGUCGCUGAAGAACUUCAUCACCAUCCGGGACGCCCUCGAGGUCUUCACGCCGCGGCAGCUCCGCCUCAUGUUCGUGCUGCAGGCCUGGGACAAGCCUAUGGUGUACGGGGAGGGGUCUCUCGCGGAGAUGCGCGCGAAGGAGGCCAUGCUGAAGAACUUCUUCCAGAACGUCGAGGCCGCGCUGCGCGCGCACAGCACGUCGCUGCCGGCCAAGUGGCUCGCCGAGGAGACGACUCUGCACGCGGCUCUGCAGGCGAGUCAGGUCGAGGUCCGCGCGCGGCUGCGGGACAACAUCGACACGCCCGGGGCCAUGGCCGCGCUCGAGCGCCUCGUGCGCGCGACGAACGUGUACCUCUCGCAGCGCGACGGCGCGGAGGGCGCGCCCCCCGCGCAGGGCAUGCUCCUGCGGCGGUGCGCCGCGUUCGUGACGCGCAUCCUGGGCUGCUUCGGCCUCGCGGAGGGCGCCGCGGACCGCCUGGGCUUCGAGGCCGCGCAGGCUGGCGACACGCGCGCGUUCGACGCCCUGAUGGACGCGUUUGCGACGUUCCGGGACGACGUCCGCGGGAUCGCCCGCACGCUCGGGUCCGUCGCGGGCGAGCUCCUCGCGCAGUGCGACCGCGUGCGCGACGAGACGCUCGUCGACCUCGGCGUCCGGCUCGAGGACCGGCCGAAAGGCGGCGCCGUGUGGAAGCGGGACGACCCAGCGGCGCUGCGCGCGGAGAUCGACGAGAAGCGCCGCGCGAUCCACGAGGCGAAGAUGCGGAAGGUGCAGCUCGCGAUCGAGCGGAAGCGGCGGGAGCUGGACAAGUAUAAAAACAUCGCGGCGCUGCCGACGCCGGUGCAGGCCCUGGCGGGGAAGUACCGGUUCGACGAGACGGGGAACCCGACGCACGACGCGGCGGGCGCGACGCUGGACGACAAGGGCGUGAAGGCGGCGCGGAAGGCGCUCGACAAGGAGAGCAAGAUCCGCGCGCCCCUGGCGAAGGUUUUGGACAAGGAGGGCGACGGGUACCUGGACCGGCUCGCGGAGGAGAUCGUGGACCUCGAGGAGGAGCUGAAGGACAUCAUGGCCGCGUCCGAGAGCACGGCGGAAUAA